CUGAGAAGCAAGGUGUCUGGUUCAUACUUGGAGAUCAGGAACUUCAUUCGGUCGGAAGAUCGACGGUGAUCUUCAUGUGUAGUUUCAGCAUGAUGAGAAAAGUUCACGAUGGUCUUCUGACGUCCAAGGACGAUGAAGUCCAAAGAACGCACCCAGCCAAUCUGACAGUUUCGGUCUUACUUUUCUCGCAGACGGGAAGAUGAAGGACUGCCAAUUUUUGAGAAAAUCCGGCUCACCAAAGACUGACUGUCUAAACCAAAUUCUACCACAGGCACUCGGAAUGUUCUUAGGACUAGUGCUUCAUUGCGUGCGGACCUCUGAUACGGAUCACUUGUCGCUCUUUCAUACUAUGGAGCCGGAUUUCAGGUCGGCGAUGGAAGUGGGCGUAGCCUCUCUCGUAAGUUAUGUUCUGGUGCGCAUAACUGCAAAAAGAACAAUCGGAACCACCAAAGAAGCGUAACCGAAAAUGGCGCAGUUCAGCUUUCCGUUUGAGCUUCUUCAGCGCAUUCUGCACGAGUCGGCGCUGAUGAAUAAACCGCUUUUCGCCACCGCAGAGGCGCAAGUGCCUGCCAACAUGCAGCACCUUGGUCACAUCGUAGAUUUCGGUGCGGAAGAUGUGUCAGAGGAGUUUGCCCUGUUUGUGAACGCACUACGCAAAAACAUGCGGGGAGAUCGACCCAUGAAAUUUGCCCAACAGCAUCUUUCAGACGAGGCGGCUUGCGGCAAAGUGCUUCUGUAUAAAUAUGGAAAAGCAGCGGUGGGGCUAGAAUCACAGUGA